AUUUCCCGCGAAAUCAACAUAGCUGAGGUUGGCAAUUUUACAUGUAGGAAUGUAGAAAGCUCGCUACGUUGUUUUCUCUGUGCUGGCGAUCAAAUAAAUACUUAGGACUGUACUGAAAUUUAUAAGACCUAGACGCGGCUAGUGUUGAGCAAAGCGGAAAGCUGUGAGGAUGUUGGCGAUGGCAGCACCGCAGCCUGGUCACGGUGCUGACUGGCGGGAGGUGCUGUGUGCAGACGACAACGUCACACGCAGCACAGAGGAGAAAAUCUUCGCAUACACACUCCUGAUAGAAGAACUGAAGACACACAACGUGAGCAGUGUCAAUGACAUCAACAAGGUCGUUCCAUCUCUACUCCGAGACAUCCGGGAGGGGUUGGCUUUCUCUGUUCAGGCGCUUGGCUUGAUCUGGCAAGGACCGAGUGUACUGCCUGGAAAACCAGACUUGGGAGCGAGUGAGGGCGCAGGAGAGCAGCUGCUAAGGGCUGUCUGUGCGAUGCUACAUGCGCCAUCUAUUGACAAGACGGUAGCCGUGCGCGGGCUGUGGUGUGUGAGCCGACAAGCACUCCCUACACACGUCAUAGAGACACAUUUUGACGAGGUGAUGUCGGCGGUGGAAGCUACGGCACUUGGAUACGGCUCACAGUCAGCUUCCGUCGAAUACGAGACUCUGAACGUGAUAAUCAGGUUGCUGGAGCAGGCACCAGGCGGUGCUGAAACCCAUUGGGAGCGCUGGUUGCGACUGGUGCUGCCACACAUUGUCCAUCCUGCCCCGAAGGUGCGGGAGCGAGCACAGAACGCCCUCUGCAUAGGCCUGCCCUUACUGAUGAAACAUCAGGAUGAAGUUGCUGACAUCAUUGUUCCAGACCUGAAGAAUAGGAUUUGUCCGGAGAUGAUGUCGAUCUUCAACAAUGCGAGUAGCAACGGAGCGGAACUUGCCAUGCUGAAGACGUGGCGACUCCUGGUGGAGAUUCUCGGAAGGAAGAUUCACCACGGCUCCAGUGUCGUGAACAGUAUGUUGCGUCUCGUCGAGAGCGGCUUCAAGCACAAGGCGCCUGCCGUCCGCACCUCUUCCUUUCGCGCCUGGGCAAGACUCAUCGACAACUUCGGACUCGAUCUGAAUAUAUUGGCGAAUCACAAGCGGUUAAAGCUGCUGUUACAGCCCUUCCUGAUUGCUUCCGUGAAGCAUGAGGCAAUCGCCCAUGCCAAGUUCGACACGUGGUGGCAUCUGGUGGUGGCUCUUCGCAACCGCCUCUCCGCACACUUUGAAGAGGUGUGCGUGCCGUUGCUGCAGUUCUGUGUGAUGGGAGGCUAUCUGAAACCAGCGCUCAUGUCUCCUCAGGCCCCCAACACUUCAGCUACAGUUCUACCCCUGAUGAGCACACCGAAACGUACAGGUGGCGCCGGUGCAGGUCAGGCUCUGCCCAUGCUCGUCGCUGCGUUCCCGGAGAGCCCCCAGCGGAACACCGUGUAUAGGUUCCUGCAGACUUACGCCCUACAGGUGCUGGCGUCGCUGGUGGCGCCAUCUAGUGCACAUCCGCUGAAGGACGGGAUAAGUAUAGAGCGGUCACUGUGUGGCGCUAUGAUUAACUCGAGCAUGGUGUUCGUGAAACACGCAGCGACACUACUUGCCACCUUCGUGCAGUGCUGCCGCCUGCUGGCGAACGAGGAGGAGCCACUCCUGCUUCGAACCUGGAGAUAUCUGAUUGGCCAAGUAAACGGCGUCAUCAGUCAAGACAACAAGAGCGACAUUGCUGAUGUGAUGUCAUCACUUCUGAAUGUAACAGGGGUGAUAAUUUCCGAGCAGCUGGUGUCCCCUGCUACAGGACUGAAACUCCUGGAUGAGUUGACAACCAUUUCAGACAAGGUUCUAAGUUCACAUUCCUUUCACGGUGGCAGUGGUGAUGUUAUGCACGGGUCGCCGGCACUGCACCUCCUACAGCUGCUCUUCUGUCCGUCGCUCGUCGCGCAGUGCGGCGUCGACGAGCGAUUCACGGGCAUCUUCAGCGCCCUCUGUGAGGGAAGCAUGCGUCUGACAUCUUCGCCUCUGAUGUUCGCUCAGUCAGUGAUGGAUCAUCUGCGCGGGAUGCAGGGGGCGCCACCGGACGCCGUGAUGCGGCUGUGGAGCAUCAUCGCGCGCCCGCUCUAUGCGUACGUCGAUAAGAGCAACGAGGUGAACCAGGGCGACGCGCUGGAGCAUGAUUUCACGUGCAUGUACGCCGUGCUGCUGUUUCCAGUCUCACAUCUCAACGACCACCAGCCACCCACGGCGGCUCGUGCCACGUUGAAGACCUGGUCUGACCUCUACACGACCUUGGUGCGGUGCGCCGCCCUGGUGGCGACGACGACGCCCAACCAGUGCUGCGAGGACCUGUGUGUGUCGAUCGCCGGCAUGGCAACCCCACAGAAGCUGCAGAACGUGAACUGGGCGGACAUCGUUGCCAACCUACUGCAAGUGAUGGUGGGCUGUGUCAGCUUCGGAACAUUUUCGAGUGCUACGGGUGGCGCCGGUGUGAGUCCGGUAAAGUGGGGCAAGCGCAGGCAGCGGCCUCUAGGGAAUCUCACCCACCUGGUGGACCUCAUCACUCGUCUGCUGGAUGCUGUCGUUGCCAUGGAGACGGAGCUCGACGGCGAGGAGCGCGCCGCGUCGUCGUCUGUCCUCGCGAGCUUCGUCGCCAUGGUUACGACUAUCGUCGAGCACAUCGGCAACCCGCCGGCCGUCGCCGCACUGCUCGAGAAGCUGGCGCCACCUCUUGGCCGGAUUCUGAAGCAGUCUAGCGAGAAGCGUGAGCCGACAUUAUAUACAGCAGCUGUGAAGGACAAGAUCGACCGGCUGUGGUCGGAGCUGGGCCGACGCGUAGAGGGAGGUCACAGCGGUGCCUGUGACUCUUCGCUGCUGCUCUCUCUCGCUCCCGCGCUGGAACCCGCCCUCCUUCACCCGCGCAGGAAGCUACGCAACCAGGCGGCAGCACUGUCGAACGCGACCUUCGGGAAGGCCGGUCGCCUGGAGUAUCCGGACACGCUGAGGGAGUGUCUGUUGAAGGUCAGAGAACAACACAAGACAUUCUUACUGCUGCCUGGAAUCGCUAGCAGUGAGACAUCCGUCAUUGAGGACACACCCUCAAUCAGCCAAUCAGAGAGAUCGCAGAUGGAGCCAGAGGUUCAUAUGCCUGGCUCUCCGUCGCCACACAAGAAGCACGGCAGCUUCUUGCAGCGCCACCUAGGGGACAACACGCCGGAGAGGUUCGUCCGAGGAUCGCCCGCGAGGACAAAUGCAUCGCCUGCCACCAGAGUGCGCCGCUCGCUACGCGUUGAUGAUGAUCGGGACGAGAAAUUUGUUUUCAUCGCUCCAUCGCCAAAGAAAAAGUUUGUGUUGACCGAGCACCAGAGGGAGAAGCUGCGUGACCACGACAGGUAA